GAACGGCCGGAAAAGCUUCUGUUGAAGCUAUGUAACCUGAACUAUGCUUGGAAGUCGUCUGCUGGCAGACAUAUCCACCGGAUCUACUCACUGUCCAGCCCUGAUUGGCGUAUAUAUUCGACUGAAGCCUAGAUUGUGAUGUGUUGUGUUGUUAUUAUUUGGGAAUCCUUAAAGUUCACGAUUGCUGUGGUAAUUUGACCACUGAAAAGUCGAGUGUCAAAGAUGCACCAUCAAGGCCUCUCGGCACAAGGCUGCCAGCCGGAAAAUGGUGUCUGUGAUAUGAUAGUCAUUAGUGACAUUGAUGAAAAGGGAAUAAACACUAAUCUUAAAACCAGAUACCAACGAGAUGAAAUUUAUACAUUUACAGGUGCUAUUCUGGUCUCUGUUAACCCCUACAAGAAUCUGCCCAUUUACGAACAGGAAAAUGUUUCCCAGUACUGUGGUAAAAAGCUGAACCAGGGAGAACCUCAUAUAUUUGCCAUAGCGGAGGCAGCCUAUCAGAACCUCCACCAUAAUGCUGUCAAUCAGUCAUGUAUCAUCAGUGGGGAGAGUGGUGCAGGCAAGACGGAGAGCACAAAGUUUAUCCUGCAGUACCUGUGUUCUGUGACAAACCAUGUGUCCAUCUGGGUGGAGCAGCAGAUCCUGGAGGCCAACACCAUACUGGAGGCAUUCGGAAAUGCCAAGACAGUCCGAAAUGACAACUCAAGUCGUUUUGGGAAGUUCAUGCAGGUGUGUUUUGAUGAUGUUAAUCAGAUCAAAGGUUGUAUUGUUCAGGAUUACCUGUUGGAGCAAUCUCGAAUCACCUUCCAGUCCUCUGAUGAGAGGAACUAUCAUGUUUUUUAUCAGCUUGUCGCUGCUGCCAAAAACAUUCCAGAACUCCGAGACCAGUUUUUCAUUGGUCCAGCAGAGUCCUAUGACUACCUCAACCAAAGUGGCUGUUUUUCAUUGGACGGUAUUGAUGAUGCUCAAAUGUUCGACAACCUCCGGCUGGCCAUGAAUGUUCUGAGCAUUCCCGCGGAAAUGAUGGAUGGGAUUUUCUCUGUGUUGUCGUCAGUUCUUCUCCUCGGCAACAUGAAGUUUGAGGACGAUGACGGAGAGAGGUGUCACUUGACAGAUGCUGAUAGUGAAAUAGCCAACACGAUUUGCUGUCUGCUCGGUCUGGAUUUUGAGCGCUUCACAGAAGUGUGCCUUUACAGACAGAUACAAGUGCGAGGGACUGUCACCAGUAUACCCUACAAAGUCAAUGAAGCAGUAGAGAACAAACAUGCCAUGGCUAAGGCUCUGUACUCACGGACGUUUGCCUGGCUUGUGGACAGUAUUAACAAGUGUACCAAUCCUGGACAACACCAGACCAAGUUCAUUGGAGUCCUGGAUAUAUUUGGCUUUGAAAAUUUUGAGACAAACAGUUUUGAACAGCUGUGCAUCAACUAUACAAAUGAGAAACUUCACAGAUUUUUUAACCAUUAUGUGUUUGCUCUGGAGCAGCAGAUUUAUGAUGACGAGGGGAUUUCCUUCUCACACAUUAGUUUCACAGAUAACACAUUGUGCCUUGAACUGAUAGAAAAGCCCCCUAAGUGUAUAUUGAAGAUAUUAGAUGAAGAAUGUAGAUUUCCUCAGGGAACAGACAAAAGCUACAUAGCCAAGCAGCACCAAGCCCUGGAGUCUCACUCCUCCUACGUGAAGGGUGAUCGGCGACUGUGGGAGCAGGAGUUUGGCAUCCAGCACUACGCUGGCCUGGUCACCUACAGCGUGGAGGGAUUCCUCAACAAGAACAAGGACACCCAGCAGGACCAGCUCUUUGAUCUCAUGUACAAUUCCAACAAUGCCUUCGUAAAAGAUCUCACACGCUUUCAGGACUUAUUGGGUGUGCGGUUAGAGGACCUCAGUGGAAGGUCAACCAUAUCUCGAACAUCUCGCGGGAAACCAACUGUGGCCGACACUUUCAAACAUCAGCUUUCAGCUCUGGUGGAUGUGUUAGGCUGCACAAAUCCAUGGUAUGUGCGUUGCCUUAAGCCCAAUGUGAAGAAGUUGCCAAACAAAUACAUGGAUGAAGAUGUAAUAACACAGUUGAGGUACUCUGGCAUGCUGGAUAUAAUCCGGAUUAAAAAGGAGGGCUAUCCCAUCCAUGUGGACAUCCAGGUAUUCAUGGAGAAGUUUCGAUGUUUGCUGGAUGUUCAGAGGACUUUGACAGAGCCAGAGGAGUGUAGACAGGCCAUUAGGUCGCUCAUGGACACACUCAACCUUCCUAUGACAGAGUGGCAGCUUGGACGCACCAAGGUCUUUCUUAGGAACAGUGUGUUUGAGCCACUGGAGGAAAAAACUCAGGUACUGUUGACAAAUGCAGCCAUCAUCGUGCAGAAAGCCUGGAAAGGCUUCCGACAAAGAAAAGCCUACCUUCGUUUACGCCAUGCAGCAAUUGUGCUGCAAUCCAACUUCCGUGUAAUGCGAGAUCGCAUUGCCUUCCUCAGAACCAAGAGGGCGGCCAUUGUUGUUCAGGCAUAUUGCUCGUGGAAUGUUGGCCAGACGACUUGCUCACACUGAACGAGCUCUGAAAAAAGCCGAAGACAGCGGCUGAGAGAAGAAGAAAUGGAGAGAGAACGACUACGAAAACAAGAGGAAGCCAAUGAAAUGGCCAUGGAAGAGAGCCUCAAGGAGUCGCAAGCUGCAUUGGAAUCACUGACCAAGACGAUCGAGUCCAUGUGGGAACAUCAUCAUAUUGACGUGACACCGUCCUCGCUGGAUUUGGAUGAGAUGUUCAACUUCCUGGACGCCCUGGACAGCAAGUCUCCAGAGGCCCUGCGGGAUGUGGAGAAGGAAGAGGCCCUCAGGGUCAUCUAUGAGGAGUUUGAUGGCCUUGACUUACUUCUGGAGAACAGUUCAGGCCUUGUAAGAAAGAUGUCUGAGGGUGGCACUGAGCAGAUUGACGGAGAAGUGGUGCCGGGGGAAACCGUGGACAGUACUGUGCCCUUCCCCCCUCCACCAUCCCCAAGUCAGGAGCUGACAACGCCCCACCCACCUGUCCAGAACAGGGCCUCUACUAACAGUCUCGACCUGCCACCACCUCCUCCUCCAUCUAUGCUGGACGGGGAGGAAGAGGAUGGUAAAGAUGAAAUGGUCAUGCCUCCACCACCCCCCCAACAUGUUCUUGUUGAAGUAACAGUAUCAGGAGAGAAGGUUGUGAUUCCACCCCCACCCCCUCAUGCCCCGCCCUUACCCCCCUCCCCACCACCCACUUUACCUGUAACAUCCAUCCUUAACAAUGGAAUGAUGGCAGUUGAAGACCUGAGCUCGCUCACGUGUUCCUGCUCCCCUCCGUCCCCUAUACAGUCCCUGGAGUCCCCCUCAGGCAAGACCCCCCACCCUCUGACUCCCCAUGUGGUGAGCGCUGACCCCGCUCAUGCUGUGAUACCACAGUCCGGUGAUGCUGAUACCAGCCUUGAAGCCACGAAGCCUCACAAUCCAGAGGUCGUCAAUUCCAGCCCAGCAGCACGCCCUAUCAGCGGGACUAUGGAAGUGGAGCCCUGUGAUAUGCUGGAGUAUGCGGAGGAGAACUUCAAUGAGCACAUCCGGGGAUACACUGGCUCUGUGAUGAAGUCCUUAAAACGCAAAACCACGGAUGUGAUGAGGAAGGAGGAAAUGCUACAGUACAACAAGAGUGGAGUCAUUCCUACCUCUCAUAUACGGCUACAUGACAUAGACAACAUACAACUGGCCUGCAAUAUAUUUAAGGAGUUGACUAAGUAUAUCCGUGAAGAACAGCGACCAGAGGGGAUGAUACAUACCAUACAGUACAUUCUGAAGAGUGGCAUAGAGAGGAUCGAACUGCGGGAUGAGAUAUUCUGUCAGCUGAUCAGACAGACCAAUCAGUGUCCAGAACAGGACGGGCUGUUACGAGCAUGGUGUCUCUUCUGUCACUGUACUGCCGCCUUCACUCCCAGUAAAGGGCUUAAUAAGUACUUGAGUUACUACAUAUGGAAACACAUUGAAGUGGCCGGGGUGGGAGAUUAUGCCAAACAGUGUCUUAAACAGCUACGAACUCCUAAGGUGAUGACCCGAAAAUGCCCGCCUUCAGCCAUUGAAAUAUCGGCGUUGCAGACCAACACUUCCAUUGUGAGUCGUGUGUACUUCAUGGAUGGCAAGACAAAAGCUGUCAGCGUGCUGCCCUGUGAUACGAUGGCUGAUGUUCUAGAGAAAGUCGCCAUUAAAAUUGGACUCAAGUCUGUGGAAGGCUGGGCGAUAUAUGAGGUAACGUCAGACUACGAACGAUUCAUCCGCAGCUACGAGUAUCUGGCUGAUAUUUUAAGCCAGUGGGAACAGCAACGCCGGUCUUUCAACACUCUUAGCAAAUACGACACAAUUUCUCGAAAGUCUGGGAAGGCCCUUACUAACAAUUCGGAAGAAGCUCGGUUUGUGUUCCGCAAACGAGUGUACCGUCAUGUUCAUGAUAUUCCUAACGACCCUGUGGAGUAUCAUCUGCUCUUCUCAGAGGCUGUCUACAAAGUUGUCACGAUGGAUGAAUUCUCUGUGUCUGAGAAGGUGGCUCUUCAGUUAGCGGGUUUGCAGGCCAGGGUGGUUCUGGGGGCGUAUGAGGAGGGCAAGGAAUCCAGGUACACAGAUGUCAACCAGUAUUUGUGUAAAAGACUUUUGUCCAGUAGCAACAAGAACUGGCCCAAGGAAAUCAUGGAUGCCCACAAGAAUUACACGAACGGUAAAACAGAGCUGGAAGCUAAGGUCUGGUACCUAACCUGUGUCAAACAGUUCCCGCUCUACGGCUGUACCUUCUUCCCUAUCACUCACAAGGGUAUGUGGGGUCACAAAGGGUCCACCCUCCUCGCCAUCAACAUGGAUGGGGUAAAGUUCAUCAAGGCCAAGGACAAGAGUGUCAUCCAUGACUUUAAGUAUUGUGACAUUGAAACCUUCGCUGUUGAUCCAAAUGAGAACUACAUCACGUUUGAGCUGAAAGAUGACUCGUACUCCCGCUGUCCGCAGAGAUCGUUCAUCUUUGAGACAAGUCAGAAGGAAGACAUUGGAUUCCUGCUAGCCAGUUACUCUUCUUCUCACACCUCCUGGUUAAAGUCAGAUCCAGACAAUCUGAAAAAGAUGAAGAUGACUGAUGAUGACAAGUUGAGAGUGUACAGUGAGCUGGUGAGCUGUCGUGCUGCGCUGGCCGAGAGCCAAGUGCUACACAAACCAGCCCAGGAAAGCGGCGGAAUGGGCAUCCUCAAGAACACGCUACGCAGGCUGACAAAAUCCAAGGUGGAGAAGCUGCGUCGUUACUCUCUAGGGAACAUGGAUGGGGUGUUCAACCUGGCGUACUGGUCCUAUAACAAGGCAACCAUUCACCAGAGCUUCCUCACCUUCUCUGACAGUCAGGAGGAAGAGGUGGCCGUCAGGAUGUACAAUGGUAUGCUGGAGCUGGAGGGGCCUGGCGAAACGGGUACAAUAGAGAUGGUUAACCAGAUGUCUGGGGCUCAGAAAAUCAUACAACGAUGUAUGGAGAGUUCCCAACAGUGCAAUGAAUUCUACCUUCAGGUCAUUAAACAGACUACUGAUAACCCAGAACCUGACAGUCGCAUCAACCAGUGGUACUGGCAGCUCAUGUCCCUGGCCACAUGUGCCAUGGUACCCUCCAACCCCCUCGUACUCAACUAUCUGCAAACCCACCUCAAGAAGUGCUCAAUGGACAUGAAGACGGAGGAGGGCAAAUACGCCAGGUUUGCUCAUAAGUGCCUUAACAGAAAUGUCUCCAAAAAACAGAGGAAAUUUCCUCCUUCCUCUUUGGAGGUACAGUAUAUUUUUCAAAGACGCAGUAUAAAAGAAAAGGUAUAUUUUGUGAAUGGAGAAUUGAGAAUCAUUGAGUUUGAUUCAGCAGCUACUGCAGAAGAGGUUGUGAAGAUCAUCAAGACCAAACUGGGUAUGAGGUCUGAUGCUGAGGGCUUUGCUCUCUAUGAAAUCAUGGGCUCUAUAGAAAAGACUAUGAGCCCAGAGGAACGCAUGUCUGACACUAUCAGCAAGUGGGAGAGAUGGGCCAAGGGGAACUACUCUACCAAGGAACUCAGGAUACUAUUCAAAAAACGUCUGUUUAUUGUCCCCUACCUGAACAUGAAUGACCCGGUAGAAUGUGAGCUUGUCUUCCAUCAGCUCAUUGAAGACGUCUUUGAGAAGAGGAUUCCCAUCUCAGAACCAGAUGCCGUGCAGUUGUGUGCAUUGAAGCUACAGUCUGAGAUUGACGACUGCCCUCUGGAUGAAGUAGACUACAGCUCUGUGAUGAGAAUUUUGCCCCGUGAGAUCAGACCUUGUCUGAAUGUGGACGACAUCUCAGUGGCUCACAGAGGGGUGUGUAAUUUGACUCCACAAGAAGCCAUCCUGGCCUUCAUUGAUGUCCUCAAAUCAUGGUUGUUUUUUGGGUCCACGGUGUUUGAAGUAACGCAAGGGUAUACAACCGCAAUGCCCAAGAACUUACUGUUGCUAAUCAAUGAGGCAGGUCUUCAUGUUGUUCAUCCCAAACUCUCUAGAGUGUACGGGUCUUAUCAUAAUAGUGACAUCACCUGCACCAGUCCGUCGUUACAAAGUAUCAUGAUCAUCAUCGGACAGGUGGCAAAAGGGACCAAAUAUGUUUUUAAUACUACACAGGCUGCAGAAAUAUCGAGUUUGAUUAAAGACUACCGAACUGAACUGAAGAAAAAACGAACAGCCAAUCAGAAUGGCCGAAAUUCACAGCUGAGUGUGGAGCGUAAUGGACUGUCACCACUAGUAUCACCCACAUCACCUGAUGCUGCUCCCCCCAUUCCCCUAUAAGCAGAUUAAUGCUCUGUGACCCUUUCCUCUGUAAGACACUGUGACCCUUUCCUCUGUAAAACAUUUGAUACUAUUAGUCCCAGUCCUCUGUUAGACAUUUGAUGCUAUUGGUCACUUUCCUAUGUAAGACGUUCAGCACUACUGGUC